AUGGGGUCAAUGAACACAAACAACUGGCUCUCUUUUCCUCUUUCUCCUACUCAUCCUUCUCUGCCAUCUCAUCAAUUCACUCUAGGGCUAGUCAAUGAUGACAUGGACAACCCUUUUCAAAACCAAGCUUCAGAGUGGAAUCUGAUCAAUGGCCAUGGAAGUAGCAGCAGCAAUGAUCAAGUGCCAAAAGUGGCUGAUUUUCUCGGUGUUAGUACUAAAUCUGAAAACCAGACAGAUCUUAUGCCCUUCAACGAAAUUCAUCACCACCAUCAUCAUCAGCAUCAUCAGGCCGCUGAUUCUGACUACCUUUUCGCCAAUAACAGCAUAGUCCCAGUAGACUUGUUGCAGCAAAGUGUUAAUGUAGAUGGUUCGAGCUCCAGCUAUGACUUUCAAGAAAAUCCAAGCAAUCUUCAGUCACUGACGCUGUCAAUGGGAAGCGGCAGCAAAGGGUCCAGUGCCUGUGAAACCAGUAGCGAUAAUGUCAGUACUAAUAGCACCACUGCGAUAGAGCCUGCUGCUGCGGCUGCGGCUGCCGCUGGUGCUGCUGCUGCUGCGCCGAGAAGGACUUUGGAUACUUUUGGUCAAAGAACUUCAAUUUAUCGUGGUGUCACUAGGCAUAGGUGGACAGGAAGGUAUGAAGCUCAUCUUUGGGACAAUAGUUGCAGAAGGGAAGGGCAAUCAAGGAAAGGAAGACAAGUUUAUCUGGGUGGGUAUGAUAAAGAAGAGAAAGCAGCUAGGGCUUACGAUUUGGCUGCACUAAAGUAUUGGGGAACAUCCACUACAACAAACUUCCCAAUUAGUAACUAUGAGAAGGAGUUGGAGGAUAUGAAGCACAUGACCAGACAAGAAUUUGUGGCCUCUAUUAGAAGAAAGAGCAGUGGUUUUUCAAGAGGUGCAUCAAUGUAUCGUGGAGUUACAAGACACCAUCAACAUGGAAGAUGGCAAGCAAGGAUUGGUAGAGUUGCAGGAAACAAAGAUCUCUACUUGGGAACUUUCAGUACGGAAGAAGAGGCUGCAGAAGCAUACGACAUAGCAGCGAUAAAAUUCCGAGGCUUAAACGCAGUGACAAACUUCGACAUGAAUCGCUACGACGUGAAAAGCAUACUCGAAAGCAAUACUCUCCCCAUCGGCGGCGGAGCCGCCAAGCGACUGAAGGAGGCUCAAGCCUUGGAGUCUUCAAGAAAACGCGAUGAAAUGAUUGCCCUAAGCUCCACCUUCGCACACUACGGAGCUGCCGGAGCCGGAGCCGGAGCUGCUUCGGGCUCAACCUCAUCUCCAUCAUCAACCAUCAACAAUCGUCUGCAGGCGUACCCACUAUUGCAGCCCCAGACCACCAGCUUGAUCGAUCACAUGACCCCACACCUCACUCUCCAAAACCACGAGACUUCUCCUUAUCACCACCAUCAUCAAGACCCCAACAACUCCUUGCUUCACCAAAACUACAUUCAGACUCAGCUCCAGUUGCACCAACAACAGCCCGGGACGACGUCGUAUCAGUUUUACAGUAACGGCUAUAAUAACAAUAGCAGCAGUAGCAGCCACCACCCGGCGUUUCUUCAGGGUUUCAUGGAUAAUAUGGGAACGACGUCGUCUGUUAUGGACAACGGUGGGACUAGCUCCGGUGGUGGUAGUUAUGGCGGUUAUUGUCUUGACAAUAUAACUGCUAAUAACCCGAAUAAUAAUAAUAAUAAUACGGCGGCCGCGGCGGCCACUGCUACUGGUUCUGGGAGUGCGGAGGAGCUUGCACUUGUGAAGGUGGAUUAUGAUAUGCCUUCCGGUGGCUAUGGAGGAUGGUCCGGGUCGGGUUCGGGUUCCGGAAAUGGGUCGAAUCCGGGUAUUUUUACUAUGUGGAAUGACUUAUAGGCGGAUCAAAGAAGGAACAAGAAGAGUACUGGAGUUGACAUGUUUUUUAUUUUUCUUUUGAUAUGUUUUUUAUUUUUUUUUUGAUGAAUAGGAUCUGAUUUUUAUGUUUAAUUGAAUUAAUUAAAGGAUAUUAUUAGGUCUGGAUUGGCAUGCAUGCAGGUGGGUUUUUAUGGGUUUGUGAAAGUAGAGGACCCAAGUUUUGUAUACACAGUUAUGAAUCAUGUUCAAUUUUGGAUCUACUUUUAUUAAUUAUGAUCAUAUGAUGAUAAUUUGUUU